AUGGAACCAGAAAAUAACACAAAAAUUUCAGAAUUCCUUCUUCUGGGACUUUCUGAGGAACCAGAAUUGCAGCCCCUCAUAUUUGGUCUUUUCCUCUCCAUGUACCUGAUCACUGUGUGUGGAAACCUGCUCAUCAUCCUGGCCACCAUCUCAGACUCCCACCUGCACACCCCCAUGUACUUCUUCCUCUCCAACCUGUCCUUUGUAGACAUCUGCCUCACCUCCACCACCGUCCCAAAGAUGCUGGUGAACAUCCAGACACAGAGCAAGGCCAUCACCUACGCAGGUUGCAUCACCCAGAUGUUCUUUUUUCUACACUUUGUAGCAUUGGAUGACUUCCUCCUGACGGUGAUGGCCUAUGACCGGUAUGUGGCCAUCUGUCAUCCCCUGAACUACAUGGUCAUCAUGAAUUCCCAAUUCUGUGUGUUGUUGAUUCUGGUCUCCUGGAUCAUGACGGCCCUGAAUUCCUUGUUGCAAAGCUUCAUGGUGUUGCAACUGUCCUUCUGUACACACUUGGAAAUACCCCAGUUUUUCUGUGAUAUGAGUCAAAUGGUUUCACUUGCCUGUUCUGACACUUUUAUUAGUGACAUGGUCAUGUAUUUUGCAGUUCUGCUGGUGGCUGUUGGUCUCCUCACUGGGAUCCUUUACUCUUACUGUAAGAUAGCUUCCUCCAUUCAUAGAAUCUCAUCAGCUCAGGGGAAGUACAAAGCCUUUUCCACCUGUGCCUCUCACCUCUCAGUUGUCUCCUUAUUUUAUUGUACAGGCAUGGGUGUGUACCUUAGCUCUGCUGCGACCCACAGCUCACACUCAAGUGCAGCAGCCUCGGUGAUGUACACUGUGGUCACCCCCAUGCUGAACCCCUUCAUCUACAGUCUGAGGAAUAAAGACAUAAAAAGGGCCCUGAGAAGAUUCACUGGGAGUGGAACAAUAAAAGGGAGUUUACUCUGGGACUGA